CACGACUACGAGAGUACACGUCGCGCCGAGCACCCUCUACUCGGCGGCUAGUCUCACGUCCAAAUCUUCCGACGUCCUAGGCGACCGUCGACACAAUAAUCCAGCGAGCAAAGCAGAGCGUUGCACCGCAUCGCCCUCCUCGCCUUGCAGCAUUGCACAGUUUCCACCCUCCCCUGCCGUAAGAAAGCAGAAACGCAGAAGCAGAACGCAGGCGAACACGAACACGCACCACCGCAGCCACGUAGCGUCAAGCGGCCCCUAGUCGUGUCAAGUCCGCGCUGGCACCAUUGUUCAACCACGGAGCCCGGAAACUGCCUGGAAACGCCCAAUCACUCCACCCACGCGGCGACUCUAUUGCUGCCGCUCCCCCGAGAGCUGCAGCACCGAUUGACAACACGGCUGCGAGAGUCCAUUGAUGGCAAUUGGCAGCAUCAUGUGCUUCGGAAGUAGCAGCAAGGAUGACCCGGAUGCGAAGAAGAGCAAGGAGAUUGAGAAGCAGCUGCGGGAAGACCAGAAGCGUCUGGCAAAGGAAGUGAAGCUGCUCCUGUUGGGUGCGGGCGAGUCCGGCAAGUCUACAGUACUCAAGCAGAUGCGCCUGAUUCACACCAAGGGUUUCUCAAAGGAAGAGCGAAAGCAAUGGAAGGUCACCAUCUUCCAGAACCUGCUGCACGCGUUCCAAGUAGUGUUCGGUGCAAUGGAGGAGCAGGAUGUUGAAUUCGCCGAGGAAAGCAAUAUCCGCUAUGCCGAGAUUGUCGCUGCAGACCCAGAGAUUGGGCCAGAGGACCCGAUGCCACUAGACUGUCUCAAGGCCUUCACCAGCUUGUGGCGCGAUGCAGGCGUGCAAACAGCAAUCAUGAAGGGCAAUGAGUAUGCUCUCCACGACAACUUGUCAUACUACUUUGCAGAUGUCGAGAAACUGUUCGCCAAGGACUACCUACCAACAGACCAGGACAUUUUGCGAGCACGUUUACGGACGACCGGGAUCAGCGAAACCAUCUUCGAGACGGGCAAUCUCACGUACCGCAUGUUCGAUGUCGGUGGACAACGAUCAGAACGAAAGAAGUGGAUCCAUGUCUUCGACAAUGUUCAAGUGGUACUUUUCCUGGUAGCCAUUAGUGGUUUCGAUCACGUACUUGUGGAAGAUCGCAAUGGCAAUCAAAUGCACGAAGCCCUGAUGCUGUUCGAAAGCAUCGCCAAUAGCAAAUAUUUUGAGAAGUCUGCUCUCAUCCUGUUCCUCAACAAGAUCGAUCUCUUCAAAGAGAAGGUUUCAACUGGGAAGGCACGCAUCUCAGACCACUUUCCCGAAUACAGCGGUAGCAACACGGAUGUCGACGCCGGAAUGCAAUUUUUUGCUUCCAAGUUCAGGAAUCUGGUGCGAGAUCCCGAAAAGGACGCCUACGUUCACUUCACGAAUGCCACCGACACAAAUCUCCUCGACAAGACGAUGAAGAGCGUACAGGAUAUGAUCGUGCAGCGGAACUUGCACAACCUGAUGCUGUAAGGCCGUGCCGGGACCCCUUUUUUUCGGUGCAGAUACCAUUCUUGUGAUACCCCCAAACCGCUUGGGCACUGGUGGCACCAGUGGCAAUACGUCUGCAGAAACGCAUGACGAUGGUGAAGCCUCAACCCCUGCUUUAUUAACACAGCGACAUCGAUCUGUCUUAGCCUCGAAGCACAGUCUUGCGUUACAGAGAGAGUUCUGAUCGAAUUCGACAGUUCUUAGACAGCAUGACGACCGUGCGAGCGCUUGAUGCCUCCAGAGGAAGCGCCGCGUAAUGAGCAAGAGCAGAUUGAUCUGCACUGAGCGAUGAUCGAAAAGCAUUACGAUUUAUUUGAAUCUUUCCACGUUUGCCAGGCAUUUUAUGGAGAGCAUUAGGUCCGCACUUUAGCAGCCGCGCAGAGAAGAGGAACAGUCCCGUCUUGUCUGGGAAGCAGGAUCCCUUUAUUGCUGGGUGGCAUGCCCUCCUACAAGCAUAAGCAGUGUUCCAUUCGAAGAAUGAUGUCGCAUAAGGGGACGGACUUAUCAUUUUUCGUUGCGCAACAAACCUAUAGAUGCUAGGGCCCAUACUAUAGGCCGAUGUGCUGCAAUCGAAGUUUUGAAGCCCUACUUACUGACUACGGGAGAAGCCGGAUACUACCCGCACUGAGGCAAACAAAGUCAUUCACUCGCGCGUGUGAGGUCGACCAAAACAACUUACAACAACAAGCUCACAGCAACCACCAGAGCACCGAAGCCGUGUGUUUUUCCGACCACACAUCUUGCGCUGACCCAGACAUCAUCCAUCAACUGAGCCGACCUCUUCUUUGGAAGACGAAAUCUGCCAGAAUCAGCCGCGACGUUUGGAGAGAGAAGCCGCACUUUUUCGGAGCAAGCUACGUUCACGCACAGCAGCAGUAGCAGAGACAGCAGAGACAGCAGAGACAGCAGAGACAGCAGAGACAGCAGAGACAGCAGAGACAGCAGAGACAGCAGAGACAGCAGAGACAGCAGAGACAGCAGAGACAGCAGCAGCAGCAUCAGCAGCCGCAGCAGCCGCAGCAGCCGCAGCAGAGACAGCAGAGACAGCAGAGUCGUGUAGAUUAUGGAGCAACCAUUCAGCGCGUCGGAGUGGAAACCCACGAAGGUCAGCGAGCCUUGGGAUAAGCCACUGCCAAAGGCGGAUCUGGAAGAGCUCAUCGUGAGACUCGCUACUGAUCAGAGGGAAAUCCGAUUACACCCAUACGACCCACGGCGAUGGAUUCGGCGCGCGCACACAUUCACCCUCCUCCGAUACCCCGAGCUUGCAGUUGGCGAUGCAUGCAAAGCCAGUCUGUUGUGCAAGAGUCUUCUCAAGGUGCUGAACCAGAAUCUGAAGCCAAACUACCGAUUGGGAGCCCACGCAGGAUUCUGGAUGGGCCAUGGAGAGCGAGAGGAUGGAGACGGGGACGAGGACGAGGACGAUGAAGUAGCCGAGCGGAUGGAAAAACUCGACAUCGACUCCGAACACCUUACGCAUCGAGUCCGAUUCCUUCAAAUCCAAAGCGCAGCCGAUAAGGUUAUUAUGGAUAACUUGGCAUAUGCCCCCAAUGCUGAAGAAGGCAUGUUCUACCCGCGGCCUUAUCCGUGGAUGAAGGCUGAGCAUUCCACGCGGUCGGAUGAGAUUCUUCAACAGGUCAAUUGGGAAUUGGCGCACCCUCUGGUGACUCCUCUCCCCGCACUGUUUGCGAAGAGAUAUGCCUUCGGGAAAGGUGUCGGGACUCGAGGAGGCGCAGAAUCAUUCGGUCUCUUUGCCCUACGAGACAUUGAAAAAGGGGAGAAAUUAAUAGUUGACCGGAGCAGAAUUUGGGGGUGCAUUGGACCCGGCAGUGGCGACAGCAGAGACUACGACCACGACGGCCUCCCUGCGGGCGGUAGAGCUUCCAAUCUCGACGGAGGAUAUGGUUGUGCAAAUUUUAUGCAUCCGAACCAGGUGGGCGACAAAGUCGAGCAUGAUUUGCGCUGGAUCCGCGACCGUCUCGGUAAAGACGCUGCUCAUACCAUUCUGCUCGCUCGCUUCUUCCUGACUUGCAUUCGAGACCGAAUCGACCAUCCGCUCUCUCACCCUCUGAUGUAAGUUUUCCUUUUUUCCUUUUGCUAAUGGGGGUGGUAUCCACUAACACACAAAUUCCUCAUCAUAGCGCCCGUUUGACACCCAGCUACCGCACCACAGCCUACAAGAGCUUCUGCCUCGAAAAAGACAUCACGAUCCUGAUGGAAGUUCUCCAGAAUUUCGGCGUCGACAUCUUUGCCAAUCACAACUUCGAUACAUGGGUUUUGUUCGAAAUUCACGCUCGCGUCAUCAAUAAUAGCUGGAGUGAUCCCUUGGCUACCUGCGUGAGCCCAUUAUUCUCCCUCAUCAAUCACUCUUGCGAGCCCAAUCUCAGCUGGAACACGGUCGAAGGCCACUCGACUCUCCACGUGGUCGCAAAUACACACGUGGACAAAGACGAACAAGUCUUUGUCGAGUAUGACCAGUUCCAGCACGAGAAGCCGCUCCGGGUGCGUCGCAAGAGGUUGGAGGAUUGGUUUGAUGCGGAUUGUCAGUGCACGAGGUGCGUGCGA